AUGCCCAAAAAGGUACUUUACAGCCAACUAAUACUCGAUCUGAGCUACCCUACUCGACACCCAAGCUACCUGCCUUACCUACAAAGCGGGAAGGCGGCUGGUGACUCGAGGCACCUGUCCUGCUACAUCCGUGGGAAAAGUGGCCUGGUGGGCACCAGACUGGGGAAGCGGCCGAUCCCAUGCUUAGAGAAAUCCGGGCUGAAGAUAAGCAUGAACCUGGGCCCCGAAGCAGCCCCCCCCCCGGACCGGUGGGGGAGAUCCCAGUCCCCCCCCCCAGAGGACAGCGCAACCCCAGCAGUCAAGCCCCCGGCUACGGGUGCACCCAGCGGCGGCAAUGCCAAGAUGGCCGAUGCCACAUGGCUCCCAGCACCUACCACCACACUAGAAGACAUACUCAUCCGGCUGGACAAUCGAUUCCUUGAGUUCUGGUGGAGACUGGAAAGCGUGAUGGGUAUGCCUACCGCUAUACAGCUAAAUGCUCCCUUACACCAGAGCGCACCACGAAAACCUGCGGCUCCACAUCGGGGGAAGCAUCCCACACAACGCCUGUUUCAAUGGCAAACACAGCCCAAUCGACAGCAGACACCCACCUCAAACUGCCCACCUUGCCAUCCGCUGCCCGACCCACUGCAACAACCAGCAGCUUUGGUGAAGCCCAAAAUUGCGGGACGGCGGCGGAGAAUCAAACAGGCAUCUCACCUGCGCAGAACAGGGAAACUGAGAAUACCGCCUGCAUCAGGCCCUGUUAUGCCUAGGGCACCCUCUAUUCUAUGGGUAUCCCUACUCCAGUUAAACGUCCUACCCCAACGACUCCUACCACGCCCGCAGACCCACCGCACUGAAACACGACCGCACGUCAUCCAUGGCAGGUCCCCACAAGGCCCCAACGAGGCAUUGGAUGAACCGCCAAAGCACUUUGCACAUCUGGCUCCAUGA